AGCAGGUAGGGUAUCCCUGCUCUCCUCGGGGCCCUUCUCCGGACAGCCAUUUGCCGGCGUUGGAGGAAGCGGGAAGAGUUGCCUCUUGGGAAGCAUUCAGUUUGGAAAGAAAGAGGAAGGUUUUCUUAUUUUAAAAUACCUUUCCACCCCUCGUUGAAUGGUAUGUGCCGCUCUCUUCGGACUCCGCCGGGAGUGGACGCGACCUUUGCCAGUGGGAGGGGACAAUCCUCUCCCCCUGGAGAUUAAGUAGACCAAUUCACAGCUUCAAGUAGUGCGCCUUGUUUUCUUCUGGUGAAUUUUUGGCCAGCAAUCCAAGCAUUUCCCCCCUUCCUCCUUCCAAGCCACAAAACUGCCUUCCUGAGACCCACCAUGGAUGAUUCGCUGUCCUUCUCCGACCUUUGGAGUUUACAAUGGAACAGUCUUCCGGAUGAUUUAUCGAAUAUAGAUAAUAUACAAUUUGCCUCACCGGAAGAUAUGAACUGGCUGGAAAGUGAGGAAGAAAGGCCUGAAGCCCAGGUGUCUGUCCCCCCAGUUAACCUGCCCACAUCAUCUACCGUUCCAUCCCAGAAGGACUAUCCUGGGGAGUAUGGCUUCAGGCUCGGUUUUCUACAGUCUGGGACAGCCAAGUCUGUCACCUGCACGUACUCCCCUGAUCUGAACAAGCUGUUUUGCCAGCUGGCCAAGACUUGCCCCAUCCAACUCUGGGUCAACUCGCCACCACCUGCUGGUUCUCGAGUCCGUGCUAUGGCUAUUUAUAAGAAAUCAGAACACAUGACUGAGGUGGUUAAGCGUUGUCCCCACCACGAACAAUGCACUCAGCACAAAGAUACCCUCGCACCCCCACAGCAUCUGAUCUGGGUGGAAGGAAACUUGCAGGCCGAAUACCUCAUCGAUGCCACCACCAAGCGACAGAGCGUGUCCGUGCCUUAUGAGUGCCCACAGGUCGGCUGUGAAUAUACCACAAUUCAUUACAACUAUAUGUGCAACAGUUCCUGCAUGGGGGGCAUGAACCGGCGCCCAAUCCUGACCAUCAUAACCCUAGAAGAUUCCAGGGGUCAACUUCUUGGACGUCGAAGCUUUGAAGUGCGUAUAUGUGCCUGCCCUGGAAGAGACCGGCGGACUGAGGAGGAAAAUUUCCACAAGAAGGGAGGUCCCAGCCCACAGCCAUCUGAGGGCAAUAAGCGUGCAUUGCCCACAACUCCUGGCAGCACCCCCAAGGCUAAAAAGAAGCCAGUGGAAGGAGAAUAUUUCACUCUUCAGAUCCGAGGUAGACAACGCUAUGAGCUGCUCCGGGAGAUAAAUGAAGCCUUGGAACUGAAAGAAGCUCACAGUGGGAAAGAACCUGAGGGGAGCCGCCCCCACCGCAGCCAACUGAAGUCCAAGAGAGGAGAUUCCACCCCCUGUCAAGGCAAAAGACUGUUGGUGAAAAAUGAAGUUCCUGACUCGGACUGAUGUCACCCUAAAGAUCCUCUGUUUCUUAUAUCCCACAUUCAUCUUCUCUUCUGAAGCCUUUAGCCCUCCCACUUCUUCCAGCUUCCAAGCCUCAAACAAUAUUAAAGUGUUCCUUGAUAAAACAGAAAAAUUAAGGACAAGUGGGGCUUACUUAACUCUCUGUUCAGCCCUUCCUCCACUAGGCCACGUUCCCUUACUUCGUUGGUCAGCCAUAUCUGAAUACGGAGACAGGACCUCAAAGACCCCCUUGUUUUAUAGGUGAGGGAACUAAGGCACAGACUGUGACACUUGGCCACAGUCACUGACAGUAAAUGAGAAAUAGGAUUUAAACCCAGAACUCCAAGUGUAUGGGUACUUCUCCAUUCUGCCACAAUUGCCUUUCUUUAAGCCUAGAGUCCUUGCUUAGAGCUAUUAUGGCUUCUUGAAACUGUCAUUGGUGUUCUGUCAUUUUGGAAAGCAUAUCCCCCUGUCCCUUAAGUUUGUGUCCCUAGGCAGGUGGGGGAGGGGGCCAGAAGGAUGUCAGGAAAGUGGGUUGGCACAUAAAUUGAUUGACCUCAGCAAUAGGAUCUAGGUGGGGGUGGGGGUUGCUAUUCAAUUGUAAUUGUCUCCUCCCCACCCAAGCCAGGUAUUGUUUCUACCCUACCCAACCCACCCCCCAGGAUUUAAUAAUGUGCUUCAACCAAAGUGUUUUGUAGCCUGGGGAGCUGAUAGGCCUUGUGGGUCGGUGAAAUUAUAUUUUAAUUCUCACUCACCUCUAACUAAAGUUUAGUAUCUCCUUCCAUCAUGAAUGUAGGCAACAAACAUUUUGAGAAAGGAUCCCUAACUUUUAUCAGGCUGCCAACGGGAUUUGACAUUAAAAUGACAUAAAAAAGAAUCCCAGUUCUAGCCCACAUUCUCAGGAACAUAUUAAUGGAAUAUAAAGUGAGGCGAACUGUAAUUUCCCUUUCCCUGUCCCCACAGACUCCUUCCUCGUUCUCUCUCACAAAUUCUUACCCUUUUUUGUAUCUUUUUGCUAUUUUUAUAGAAUUUCUUAUUUUCAAAUAAAGAGUUAAUACUA